AUGGGCCAGAGGCAUAACCGACGCCGUACUCGUCCACGUUCAUCUCAGCACCAUUUUCUGCCGGCCGUCAAUCAACCUUCCAGGUCGCCGCUGUUGAUUUCAUCUUCUAUCUGGGGUCCCAAAACCAGCCAAGUCGACCUCUCAAGUUCCAUCGGCAACACUCCUGGAUGCACUCAAUCACGAGCUUCCGGCCCAGUAUCCGCCCCCAUCUGGCAUUAUAGAUAUACAGCAUGGGAGAUCCGUGAAUCAACACAGAGAACCGAUGGAUCUCAAACGGAGCAGUGUCGUCUCUUCGGCGGCGAGCCAGGCGACGAUGACAGCCUUUGUUACCGCAUGCUAGAGUUUUUCGGUGGCCUUGACUACAUCGACCCGGCUCGACACAGCACCCUCGGUGAUUGA